CUGUUUUGGCUGCAAGCACCUGCUCAUGCAGCCAAGGCAGAAUUGAGCACCACCCAUUAGCUGAUGUCACAGGUGAUGUCAGCUGAUUGACAGGUGGUGUGAUCUGUUAAAAAUGGCCAUGUGGGCCAAAUUGGACCCCACCCUGAUUAGAUGUGAACCGACGUUCAAGACUGGACUAAGCAUUGCACUUGAUGCAAAAUCCUCAUGCUCGGUUAGGCCCCCAAAAUGCACUUCAACUCACUUGAGGCUACACAGAUCCUUCAGCUGCCACACCUUUCUGCUGCUGUUGCUCUUGUUCCCAGGCUUCCCUGCAGCUUCUCAUAGCCUGAAACCAUCCCUUCCCCCUAUUGUCAAAGAGAGCCCUUUUCUAGUGGCCUGGAAUGCACCAACUGCUCGUUGCCCAGCUUACAAGGUCCCUCUCAGCUUGGAUUCCUAUGGCAUCCUAGUGAAUUCCCAGGGAGCCUUUGUGGGUGAGAACAUCACCAUCUUCUACUAUGACCAGCUGGGCUUGUAUCCCUAUUACUUGAAUACAACCGUGCCACCUACUGCCAUCAAUGGGGGCUGCCCUCAGAAUGCCAGCCUGAUGGAACACUUGGGCAAGAUGAAGAGGGACAUUGCUGUGGCCAUGCCCUGCAACUCCUUUGCAGGCCUCUCUGUGAUUGACUGGGAGAACUGGAGGCCCCAGUGGGUACGCAACUGGGAUAAGAAAAAUGUCUAUCGGAACAUGUCUCUCCAUCUUGUAAGACAAAGGAACCUCCAUUUGUCUGAUUCCCAGGCAGAAAUGAAGGCCAAGUGGGAAUUUGAGACGGCUGCUAAGAAGUUCAUGUCUGACACCCUCCAGCUAGCCCGCUCUCUGCGCCCCGAUGGCUGGUGGGGCUACUACCUCUUCCCAGAAUGCUAUAACUACCACUAUUUGGAUGACUUUGAGAACUUCACAGGGCAUUGCCCUCCACUAGAAGUGCAGCGUAACAACGAGCUGAUCUGGCUUUGGGAAAACAGUAAGGCCCUCUACCCUUCAAUCUACAUGGAGGAGGUGCUGAGGACCUCUCCACAAGGGAAGAAGUUUGUGUGGGCCAAAGUGGGGGAAGCCCUGAGAGUGGCUGAGCUGCCUUCUGUCCAACACUCCCUACCCGUCUUUGUGUAUGCCAGACCGUUCUACACCUACACGCUGAAGGAGUUGACUCAGACAGACUUGGUGUACACCAUUGGGCAGGCUGCAGCCAUGGGGGCUCACGGCAUUGUACUCUGGGGAGACGCAGACUACUCUCGCAACCGGACCAACUGCUUAAAGAUUCAGGACUACCUGCUUAGCACCUUAGGCCCUUAUAUUGUCAAUGUGACCAUGGCAACCAAACUUUGCAGUCAAAUUAUCUGCAAUAAUCAUGGCCGCUGCAUUCGCCGAAGGAUGGACUCGGACACCUACCUGCACCUCAGCCCUGACUCCUUCCAGAUCCAAACAAGCACAGACGGCAAUCAAACCCAAGUGUCGGUGAUGGGGACCUUGAGCCGUCAGCAGCAGGACAAGAUGAGAGCAGAGUUCAUGUGUCACUGCUACCAGGGCUGGAAUGGAGAAAGUUGUCAUUCCCGGGGGCACGGCUUCAGGCUGCGGACAUGUGACUGGUUCAUUCCUGGGGUGAUUCUGCUUGCACUGUGGGCGCGGCAUUUAUGAGCCGUUUGAACCAGUUUGUUAUAUAUGUGGAUUUUUGUGAAGCCCAUGGUGUGAAGUGAAUCCCACAACCCUCCGCAUGGUGCAGAAAAGGGAAGAACGAUAUGAGCAUGGCGUUUAGUGACAGAAGUGUUGUUAAGUGAUCUGUGGCUCUCACUGUCUUCCCACAAUGUUCUCCUCCCUGUGGUAUUUCACUGGAAAAAUGAGCACAUGUGGAUUUCCCCCAACAACUUCCAUGACCUAUGCAGGAUUCUAUUCUUCCAACAUACUGAUGAUUUUCUUUUAGUUUUGUAACUCUCUUCACCAGCAUUGAUUCAGCUUUAAUACUCAGUGGUGCAUAUUUUCCUAAACUGUGACCAGAACAGUAGUUUUUUAAUACUUUUUUUUAAAGCAAAACUUAUCCAGCCAGGAUGUGAUAUUUAUAACAGUUACAUACAGCAUUGUACUGUAUUUAAGCAGAUUAUUUAUACACAGAGCAAACUUUUCCUACUUGAACCAGCUAGGUGUCCUCCAUAUGUGAUUGGUACUGUUUGAUUGAAGCAUAUCUGUCUGUCUAUGUCAAGCUACCUCUCUUAUCUUAUCAAGUGGGAGCAAGAUAAAAAUAUGUUUUUUUAAUUAAUAUUUUCAUGUGACACAGAUUAGCCUAGCAAAUCAUACUUCAAUAUUGCAACCUACUGAAAGCCAUAAGCACCAUGAUUUAACAUCAAUGGCUCUCAAACAUUCCCCCACCUCACCUCCAUAGGCCACUUAAAAAUUGCAAGAGAUCCUGACAGACCACGUAUUUUUGUUGUUGUUGAACAAAUCAAACCACAUAACAUAUAUUUGAAUAACAGUGGUCUUGUUUUUCUAAUUGUGAUAGAUGUGCCUGUUUUUGUGAGCAAAGUGCUGUGGAGUCGGGUGUCAUGCUUGCUGUAACCUCAGGUCAAAAUGGCCUCGAUCUCAGUCACCAGAAGGAAUAAAUCAAGUGAAGAGCCAAA